GGUUAGCAAUAAUAAGUGAAUUAGUAGUUUUUUGAAACAUCAGGCGGAAAUACUUAAAAAAUAACUCAAUCUCAAAGUUUUUAACAUAAUAUUUUGUUUAGCUCAAGAUCAAUCUGAUAAUUUUUAAUUAAGAGCAUCAUUUUUUCAAAAAAUGUAUGUUUGUUUGUGUAACAAUCGAGUUUGCUAUAUAUUUGGUAAUAAUUUCUUUAGGAUUUCACACAAAUAUGGGAACUUGGCUAAUAACUUUGCAAGAGACAUGCAUUAUGUUGAUAGAUUAUUGCACCUAUAGUUUAGCACCAACAGUGUUGUUUAAUAUUUCUUUAAUUGUUUCAUUAUUAUUAUAAUUCACACUCUACUUUAGCAACUGUGCAAGAGAAGUAAAAAUAAGAAAUCUAAACAUAGGCUCCUCUAAAAUAAAUAGUGAUAAUUUUGUAUUAAGUUUCAUUUGGACUUAUAAUUACAACAAUAAGCAUUUUUAUGGCAAUAAGUUUUUUAGAAGGUCCUGUAUGGAUGAUUUGGGGAAAACUCUUCUGAUAAUAUUAAUGUUUACAAUUUUUGGGUGUGUAAAAUAAAGCGAAAUUACUUGGAAAAGUAUAUAUCAAUCUAUAUUUAUAAUUGGUGCUAUAAUCAUUGUUGGUACAACAAUACCAAUAAUGAUAAUUUUGAUAUUGAUUGAUACUUCUGUUGUAUGGUAGAAGAUCGUAGGUGCAGUAAUUGUUAUAACCUAUGGAUUCUACUUGAUUUUAGAUACAAAAUUUAUGAUGAACAAAGGAGUACAAAUUAUUAAAUUUAAUUAAGAGAAUAAAUUUAGAAAAUGAGUUUUGGAGAGGAUCCUUGUUGCUUUCUGGUCUUAUGUUCUAACCAUUAGUGAGAAUAAUCGAAUAUUUAUUUGACAUAUUUAAAAACAGAAAUCGAUGA